AAUUGCAAAAUCAUUAUAAAAGGACACUAGAACUAUGCAAGAACCUCACACACAAAGUCCCAAAAGUGUUCUUGGCUAUAGAACACUCUCGUGUGUUUCUCUCCCUCUUUACUAUAAUGGGUGCGAAAGUUUCCUUCAUCAUUUUGUUUAUGCUCCUUAUAAUUGCUUCAUGUUCAGGCAAGAGGAAGCAAUACACACCAUGCAAAAGCUUGGUCCUCUUCUUCCACGACAUCAUUUACAAUGGAAACAAUGCAGGCAAUGCAACCUCUGCAAUAGUAGCAGCCCCAGAAGGUGGUAACUUGACCAAACUGGCGAGCCAGUUCCACUUUGGAAACAUAGCGGUUUUCGAUGACCCCAUCACGUUCGACAACAACCUUCACUCAAAACCCGUGGGAAGGGCUCAGGGCUUUUACAUCUACGACACCAAAAACACUUACACUUCGUGGCUUGGUUUCACCUUUGUUCUUAACACCACUCAGCAUCAGGGAACCAUCACUUUCGCCGGAGCUGACCCCAUCAUGCAGAAAACUAGAGACAUCUCAGUCACUGGUGGCACCGGCGAUUUCUUCAUGCACAGAGGAAUUGCCACCAUUAUGACCGAUGCAUUUGAAGGCGAAGUUUAUUUUCGACUUCGUGUUGAUAUCAAGUUCUACGAGUGUUGGUGAUGUUAAAACUCCCUGCUGAAUAAAGUAAAGGCUUCUUUUACGUUCAACUUCAUCAAAUGUUAUUGGAUAUUGUACCUUUCUCUUCGCAGAGAUUUUCUUCUAACAAUGUAAUGUACCACUUUGGAUUUCAACUCGGAAUUCCUAGAAAUAAUUGAACCUAAUUAA